AUGAAGGGACUCAGACGCCUGGCAACCAUAGCGCUGGCUCUUUUCCUGGUGCUUUCUUUCCUGGGAAACUCAAAAGGAGCCCCACAGAGACUCUUGGAGAGAAGGAACUGGACUCCUCAAGCUAUGCUCUACCUGAAGGGGGCACAGGGGCGCCGCUUCAUCUCCGACCAGAGCCGGAAGAAGGACCUCUCGGACCGGCCACCGCAGGAAAGACGAAGCCCAGACCCCCAGGUGCUAACUCUGGCAGAGGCAGCAGCCCUGUUGCUGGCUUCCCUGCAUAAACUGCGAGAAGGUGGGGAAGGAAACGUUGAUGAAACCAGAUUCCUGGAAGGCGGGCUAUUAAACUGGUGAAGAUCUCGCAGAUGAUGUUCAAUUAAAGUUCUAUUCUUGGUGACACA